UAUUGCACAGCUCAGAUCGACUGCACUUUUAUUCGCCUAAUGACGCUUGUCGUGUACUAAACAAUUGGAGAACUGAGUUUUCAUUUAAACUGAUAUUCUUAAAAUUUGGGUAAUUCCAUUGCAGCUGUAGCAAUGUUUCUGCUGUUGGCAAUGUUGUUGACAGUUUCUAUUGCUCAACAAUUGCCAGAGAACGCGUGUUCUCAAUAUUUUAAAUAUGUGCUGUCUGAAACUGGUGACUCUCAGGGCGAGAUUACGCUUGACUUGCAAAAUGGCCGCAAUCGUAUCGAUGUGCGAUUCUCACAACGUGGCUAUCAAAAUCAAGAUGCUGUUGGCAGCCUGUUGCCAUAUCCCGAUCAGAUGAUAGUGCGCACCAAACUCGGCGCCGCACAAUUUCGCCUGAGCCUCUGGUCGGAUGCGCAAGGUGUGCUGCCUAAGCUUACCAGAUUGACAUUCAAUGACGUCACACUAUGUAGUUCCAGCGAUUAUAAUUCACCCCAAACUUACUUCAAUCGCUUCUACAUGCUACAAAUAAACGGGCCUCAGUCAGCUCUUCAAUGGAAUUCCGCCAGUGUGAUCCGUCACACAUCAUUUGAGGAUGCGUCGCUUAAAUCAUUAGUUUUCGAUGAUCCUAAAGCAUCAAACUCGUACAUUCUAUCCGAAUUUUUCUCUGAGCAGCCUAUCACUGCGGCUACUCCUUUACCUCUCUGGACACCGGCAAUAACAACAACAAUUGCCACUUUAACGGCAACACCCCGGCAAAAUUCACCGCCCACAAGGAAACCUUCAGUAAUUUUCGAUCGGAUGAAUCCCAAUUUGACGCCGUCACUAAACGCUCAAUCGGCGGCCGAGUGUGGUCAGGAGAGCUUAUUCAGUUCUUUCAUUCAAAUGGGCCGGGAGUAUCCGCGUGGCAUGUAUCCUUGGCUAGCAGCCAUAUAUCACAAGGAGUCUUUUAACCUUCUAUUCAAAUGCGGUGGUUCGCUAGUCUCGAACAACUUAGUGAUCACAGCUGCGCACUGUGUUUACAUGAAAAGAGAGGAUCGCAUAAUGGUGAGCUUAGGCCGUCACGAUUUGGAUAAUUUUAAUGAAGAUGGAGCUGAGUCGCGGCAUGUGUUACGCAUUCUGAAUCAUCCAGAAUAUUCCACGCGUUUGGCGCAACAGCCGGAUGCGGAUAUUGCGCUGGUCACACUGGAUCAGCCCGUCAUAUUUAAUGACAUCAUUAGUCCAAUUUGCCUGUGGGAGGCAGCAGAGAGUGAAAUUCUGGACGACAUUGGUACAGUUGCCGGCUGGGGAACGGAUGAAAAUGGCAACGUAUUAACACGAUAUCCGCGUGAUGUCAGAGCAAAGAUAGUCACCGAGUUAGAAUGCGCUAAAAAGAUUAAAGUGCGGAAGGUCCUCGGACGCAGCUUCUGUGCUGGUAAUCUGGAUGGCUCUGGUCCCUGUCUAGGCGAUUCCGGUGGCGGUCUGAUGAUUAAACGCAACAACCGUUGGCUACUCAGGGGCAUUGUUUCCCUUGGGCAACGGAGCCUCGUUGGGAUCUGCAACAACACCCAUCAGUAUGUGCUCUACUCUGAUCUUUCAAAACACAUGACAUGGAUAAAACAGAAUAUAGGCUUGUCCUUAUGAGUGAUGAAUGAAAUGAAUGAAAUGUAAAAUAUUAAAAUAAUAAUAAAAUAAAGUAAAUUAUGCCAAGCCAAUUUUAUCCUACAAGCACAAUAAAUUGUGGGAUGCGCUCAGCAUCAAU